AUGAGAUUAUCACAACAAUACGUUAAUGCAAAAUUUGUGUUUGAAUCAAUUCCACUGAUCGAAUAUGGUGUUAUUAUUCUUGAAUUUUAUGAUGAAGACAACCAAAGAAUUAUCGACAUGUCAAAAGCAAAAUUUCGAGAUAUUCGAAUCUUGUCACCAAAAUGUAUGUCUAAGACAUAUGAAAAGCUAAAAUUAGGAAACACCAUCAAAAAGGUUGUUUUACAAGAUGUUUACUUUGAUGAUAUAGAAGGGGGAGCUAUUGGUUGUAAGAUAACUGGAACAGCAAAUAAGGUACAUAAUCUGACUAAAUUUGUCGACACGAAGAAAGUUGCCAUUUUUAGAGAGAAAGUCGUUUUUGUGGUGUGUGAAAAAAGUGUCGAGAUUGUUGUUAUUGGAAAUUGUAAGUACUUAAAAGAAAUUACAGUAAACAAAAAUACAAAGAAAAUUCAUGUACAAAAUUGCCCACUUUUAAAAAGAAUUACUAAUCGUAGAAUUGGCAUGAAAGUGAAUAUAAUAAAUUGUCCAGAGUUGGAUGUGAUGAUACAGACAGCUUUGUGUGAUUUCGGAUUUAACAUAACAACAAAAUAA